UUGUAAGGUAGAGUAGUUAUGAUUUUCUGAUAAAAAUCACAUAAUGUUUCUGUUUAAUAGUCGAGUUUAUAAUAAUAAUAAUUUAGAAACCAUGACGGUGUGAAAUAUUGUUAAAAAAUUCGGACAGAUUAUUUUCAACUAUAUAAAUACGAAUUAUUAACAAUGUUGAUUAAAGAAUACAGGAUUCCUCUUCCACUAACGGUGGAGGAAUAUCGAAUAGCUCAACUUUAUAUGAUAGCUAAAAAGAGCAGAGAAGAAAGUUCAGGUGAAGGCAGCGGUGUUGAGAUAAUUGUAAAUGAACCAUAUGAAAAUGGUCCCGGAGGAAAAGGUCAGUAUACACAAAAGAUUUAUCAUGUGGGUAGCCAUUUGCCAGGAUGGUUUAAAAGUCUUCUUCCUAAAUCAGCUUUGACUGUCUCUGAAGAAGCAUGGAAUGCAUAUCCAUAUACAAAAACUAGGUACACAUGUCCUUUUGUUGAAAAAUUUUCACUUGAAAUAGAAACUUAUUACUUUUCUGAUAAUGGCCACCAGGAGAAUGUCUUCAAGUUGACUGGAAGUGACUUAAAGAAUAGAAUAGUUGAUGUUAUUGAUGUAGUGAAAGAUCAGCUGUAUGGAGCUGAUUAUGUGAGAGACGAAGACCCAAAACUUUUUGUUUCUCAAAAAUGCAAUAGAGGACCUCUUUCUGAUUCUUGGCUAGAGGAAUACUGGCGGGAAGUACAAGGGAAAACACAACCAUUAGCAAAUGGCAAGUCACUUAUGUGUGCAUAUAAACUUUGUAGAGUUGAAUUUCGUUACUGGGGAAUGCAAACUAAACUGGAAAAAUUUAUUCAUGAUGUGGCAUUAAGAAAAACAAUGUUAAGGGCUCACAGACAAGCCUGGGCUUGGCAAGAUGAGUGGUAUGGUCUAACCAUGGAAGAUAUUCGAGAAAUUGAACGUCAGACUCAGUUGGCAUUGCAAAAGAAAAUGGCUGGUGAUGCUGGUGAAGAAACUGAUUUAUCUGAAGAAAAUUCAAAAUCUUUAGCUGCUACUAUGAGUAGCCUUGAGAAAAAUGAAGACUCAGAAACUCCACUAUCUACUAAGAAGAAUAAUAUGGAACAAAGAGCUCAAAAGAAUUUAAGUCCUGAAAGCACUCCAACAUCUGAACCUAAAACAACUUUAAAAUCGAGCCUCAGAUCAUCAUCUUCAGGUUCCCUUAAGAGCUUGCAAACUCAAGUGGCUAAUUGGAGAAUGGAGACAUUAGUAAGAGAAUCAGAGACAGAAACUGGAUCGGAAGACGAAUUUUAUGAUUGUGAAUCCUCUUUUAAUAAAUGGUCUUCUAUGUGUUCGCUUGAUGAAGCUGAUAUUGAUAUAUCCCCAACACAAGACAGAGAUCAUAGUCAAGAUGAUAGUAUAUUUAACCCGUCUUUUUUAAAACGGGUCACCUCAGAAAGAGGUUCACGGCGAAUUAUAAAUUUGCAAAGUCACCACAGUAUAGAUGGAUGUCCAGAAACACCUGUUCAUAGUUCUUGCCCGACAACAGUCCUGAUUCUUGUUUUUCAUGCUGGAAGUGUCCUAGAUGCAAAUAUAGAUAUGACUGCCAAAAAAUCUGAUGUUACAACAUUUAAAGGAGCCUUUGAAUCUGUCAUGCGCCAGCACUAUCCAACAUUAGUUGGUCAUAUUACUAUAAAAUUAGUUUCAUGUCCAUCGAUUUGCACUGAAGCUCUUGGAGUAUUAUCAACAUUAAGUCCAUACAGUUUUGACUGCUCGCCCUCUACAAGCGAGACGCCUUCACUAACAAAUGAUCUCAUACCAAUUGGUGCCAUACCACUCAUUGCAACAUCAUCUCCAGAAUAUUAUGAAUAUGUUACAAAAACAAUUAUAUCUGCCAAUAUGGUAUACAAUGAAUUUAUAAAAUCGGAAGAUGGAAAAGGAUUUAAUGGACAAGUGUGUAUCGUUGGCGACAGCAUGGGCUCUGUUCUAUCUUAUGAUGCACUGAUUCGAACCUGGCAAUAUCAAUCUCGACAUGAUAGUGAAAACAGUAUUUUGGACACUGAAAUAACCAUACCAAAUGAACCUACUGAAAAUUACUUAAAUAAAUCUCACCUUCAAGCUCCUACCCCUAGGAGACGGUCAUCAACAGCUAGUGACAAUCAGACAAAAUUAGAGUUUGAAGUCAGUGAUUUAUUUACAUUUGGAAGUCCACUUUCAUUAAUCUUGGCUUCAAGAAAAAUAUCUGAUGAAAAGUUCAAAGAUAUUGUAAAACCACCAGUCCAACAAAUAUUUAAUUUAUUUCAUCCUACUGAUCCUGUAGCUUCUAGGCUAGAACCGUUGCUGUCAGCUCGUUUUACAAAUCUACCACCUAUAAAUGUUGCAAGAUAUGCUAAAUAUCCAUUAGGGAAUGGUCAGCCCUAUCAUUUAAUGGAAUUGAUACAAAGUCAUCCGACCUUGUUUGGAGAUCAUUUACAAAUGCCGCCGACUCCAGUUCUACGAAGACUAUCAGAAGCAUCCGUUCAAAGUACUGUUAGUGGUUUAGCUGAUAAUAUUCCAUUAAUUACUAUGAAUGCUCUUCAGCAAAAAUGGUGGGGUACGAAACGACUGGACUAUGCCCUGUAUUGCCCUGAAGGAUUGGCUAAUUUCCCUACAAAUGCUCUACCACAUCUCUUUCACGCUAGUUAUUGGGAAAGUUCCGACGUCAUAGCUUUUAUAUUACGCCAAGUAGGCCACUUUGAUUUAGCAUUAUAUGGUCAAUCAGAAGACAAAGAGAGUGCAAUGUUCAAACCCGGCCAAGAUAAAGAAAAGUGGAUGAGAAAAAGAACUUCAGUUAAAUUAAAGAAUGUUGCAGCUAACCACAGAGCUAACGACGUCAUUGUAAUGGAAGGGUGUCCUCAAACAUUUAUAGCUCGAUUCAUGUAUGGGCCACUGGAUAUGAUUACUUUGACUGGUGAAAAAGUAGACAUACAUAUGAUUAAAGACCCACCUGCCGGAGAAUGGACGCUAUUAUCGACAGUGGUAACUGAUAAAACUGGAAGAAUUGCUUAUACUUUAUCAGAAAAACAAAGCGUCGGUUGUGGAAUUUACCCCGUAAGGGUAGUAGUACGAGGCGAUCACACAAGUUGCAAUUUUCAUCUUGCAGUUGUUCCGCCACAGACUGAAUGUGUAGUUUUUAGUAUUGAUGGUUCUUUUACUGCCAGUGUAUCAGUUACUGGACGAGACCCUAAAGUUAGAGCUGGGGCAGUAGACGUAGUGAGAUUUUGGCAAGAUUUGGGUUACCUGAUCCUUUACAUAACAGGAAGGCCAGACAUGCAACAAAGGAAAGUUGUCUCCUGGCUAGCUGAGCACAAUUUCCCUCACGGCUUAGUAUUUUUUUCGGAUGGGUUUUCAACUGAUCCUUUGGGGCAUAAAGCUGCUCAUUUGAACAAUUUAAUAACUGAACACGGAGUAAUUCUACACGCUGCCUAUGGCUCAGGAAAAGAUAUAAGCGUAUAUCAUAACUGUGGAUUAUCACCAAAGCAAAUAUAUGCUAUUGGAAAAAUAAGUAAGAAAUAUAGCAACACGGCUACAACAUUAAGUGACGGAUACGCAUCUCAUUUAGCAGACUUGAAACAACCGGGUGCGGUGAGGCCGGCUAGAGGAAAUGCUCGCCUUCUUGUUCCACGGCGUCUGUUAGCACCGGUGACUUCUGCUGCUACUCGAGGCCGCCGUUAAUUGCGAACUUAUCUGUACCAUGUCCCCGAUAAAUUUGGAGUAAGUAGAAAACAUUUCGUUAUCAGUAGGUUUUUAUAAUUGGUUAACAGAUAAAUAUUUUGUUUCAACAUAAAUAGGAAAGACAUACUUUCCUAUUAAAAUGUACAUUUUUUCAUAGUAAACAUCUCGCGUACUCAAUGUUAUUGUAAAAAUUUUAGCGCUCGUAUAUAUUACAAUCAUAAAAAAACAAUUAGUUUAUCGUCACUGUGUACCUUACUAAUUUAUUAAAAAGUAUUGUCUAAAAUGUCACGUAGCGGACUCGGUUACUUAUUAACUAAAUUGUUAUUGUACGUAAAUUCUAUUGUUAAUCAAUUUUUAAGGCUGGAAAUUUACUAAUUCAAUGAUUUUAAUAAAUAAUAUAUAAUUCUAGUCUUUCUAAUUGACAUAUUUAAUAGUAUUGUGAAUCGGGGCUUACAUUAAUAUGCAUAUUAACUUACUCUAAAUGUUAUAUAACCGCGCUUUGCUAUUUAUUAUGAAACAAAAAUACGUAGUAUUAAGACAGCUUGAUAUUCAAAGGAAUAUCGUACUCUCCCCUAUGCUGUACCUGUAUAUGUAACAUAUAGAUCUGUAUUACUAUUUUUGGAUAUGUGUUUGUGUUCUAUAUAAGAAGUUUAUCAGAUUUAAUACGUGUAGUAUGAGUUUUGACCUUCCUGAUAAUAGGCUAUUUGACACUUUAUUUAAAUUGAUCUAAAGUUAUUUGUUAUCCGUUAAUAAAGUUAAGUAGAAAUUUAAAAAGACAAUUUUAUAUUUGUUUAAACAAACGCACUAAUAAAAUCGAUUAAUUCCUGACAUCACAAAUCCUAAAACUAAUUGACUUAAAUUAUAUUUUUAGAAACAAUUAACGAUUCAUUAUCGGUUUAUAGAACAAACUAUAUUAAUUUAAUGCAUUUUUAGAUUAUAACAUUAAAUAGUAUAUAUAUGUCAAGUAGCCUAAUUUAAGAAUAUAUUAUUUUAUUAUGUAUAUAUGAAAAACUAAAUUAUUCUAAAAUAACUUAUUAUUAAUGUAAAAAUAUUCCUUUAAUUUCGGCGUUGUUUAUGAUAACCUAGAUAUAUAAUGCUUAUAUUUAAUGUUGUGAAUAUUUAAAAAAUUCCAAUUUACGAUGUUUAUUAUGACGCCGAAAUUAGUAUGUUUUUUUAAAUUGUGGACAUAAAUGUCACUGUACCUUCCGAAUGAUUUUCAUUCCCUGUUUUUAUAAUAAAAAAAAAACUAUUGAACUACAAUUUUCGAUAUUCACUUAUUUAUAUAUAGAUUUAAGAUAGAAGCCAUGCAAAUAGUGAUAUUAUGUACUUGUCAUUUAUUUAUACUCAUUCAUUAUAUAGAGAUAUAUUUAUUCCAGUUAUCAACUUCGUAGACUUAUGAUUAUAAUAAUUUAUAAAGCUUAUUUUCUGACUUAUGUAUAAUUGUCAAUGCAAAAUAAUAAUGUACUAUUUAAUAUAGAAACAUUACGUGCACGCAAUUGAUUAUUAUAAAUAUAUAAUUCAAAAUGAUCCGGCAAACAGGUAAAAUAAUUUAUUUUAGUUCAGUGCGGUUGGUAUCGUUUCGUUUGUAAUAUGACCAGUUUCUGUUUUAAACUAACGCGUAUCUACCAGUGUACAGCAAGUACAAAAUACAGAUGAUAUUAUCUCAAAUAUUUCUUGUUAGUAUAUUAGUAGAGUAUAUAUAUUUUUUUAAUUUAAAAAAUUAUGUCAUAUAAUAUAACGCCAAGGUCAAUAUAAUAAUAUAUAUUUAUUUUAAUAUUCAUAACUUUAACAUCGAUGUUUGUAGUAAAUAAAUAUUAAAACUGCCCUCAUCAAAAUAAUUCAUUCAGAAAAGAAUUAUAUUUGGUUUACUAGUUUGUUCGUUUGUCUAUAAAAAAGUACAAAUGUAAGCUUUGCUGC